CAAUAAUAAAAUAAAAUAAAAAGCAAAAGCCCACACAUAUUUCCUCACAACUAAACCACAGUGAAAGAAAGAGCAAACCCACCGAGCCAGUCAUCGUCCUUUAGUUAUUUCACCGAUUCGAAGAAUCCAACAUGUUUCUCACAAGGACUGAGUAUGACCGAGGAGUCAACACCUUUUCUCCCGAAGGCCGUUUGUUUCAGGUUGAAUAUGCAAUCGAAGCCAUCAAGCUUGGAUCAACCGCAAUUGGGUUGAAGACCAAAGAGGGCGUGGUUCUUGCUGUCGAAAAGCGUAUUACUUCACCUCUACUGGAGCCCAGCAGUGUAGAGAAAAUUAUGGAAAUUGAUGACCACAUAGGUUGUGCAAUGAGUGGAUUGAUUGCUGAUGCUCGUACACUUGUUGAGCAUGCACGAGUUGAAACUCAGAAUCAUAGGUUCUCUUACGGUGAACCGAUGACGGUUGAGUCCACAACUCAAGCUCUUUGUGACCUAGCCUUGCGCUUUGGUGAAGGUGAUGAAGAAUCCAUGUCUCGACCAUUUGGAGUGUCUCUUCUGAUUGCUGGUCAUGACGAGAAUGGACCUAGUCUAUACUACACUGAUCCUUCUGGCACAUUUUGGCAAUGCAAUGCAAAAGCUAUUGGCUCAGGAUCAGAAGGUGCUGACAGCUCUCUGCAAGAACAAUACAACAAGGACUUGACUCUUCAAGAAGCUGAGACUAUUGCUUUAUCCAUUCUGAAGCAAGUUAUGGAAGAGAAGGUCACUCCCAACAACGUUGACAUUGCCAGGGUGGCUCCAACAUACCAUCUUUAUACCCCUUCUGAGGUGGAAGCUGUGAUAAGUCGCCUAUGAUUUCCAUUUGCGUGAUUUGCUUCGAGCUUUCAUUUCCUAUUCCUCCUGCCUGUACGUCUAUUUAACUAGUGCUGUGCCUGAACUUUUUUGGUCGAUUAUUAUACAUGUAGUGCUGCUUUGUGGCCAAGUUGUACGCUAUACUAGAUUCUCCUGUCAGAUUUGCUGCCAUUCAGUCUAGUUGAAAUUGAGGACUAAAAUGCCGUUUCUGAUGUUUACUGAAAACACAUUAUAAUGUCUUUCAAGAGCCAUUCACAAGAUCGGUGCUAAUAUAUAUUUUUAAUUGUUUCUACUAUCAA